GCGCUGCGGUCGCGCAGUGACAGCGGAGGGAAGAGAGAACACACAGGCGAGUUGUCAGCAGCGUCUUUGAAACGGGCGGAAUCAAUUGGGAUAAAAAAAAAAUCGUCUGGCUAUAUUAGCGUUUUAUCGGCUGUCGGGGAUAUUUUUAUUUUGAUAUUGGAAGAUAUGUUCAGACGAGUUGUACGACAGAGCAAGUUCCGUCAUGUCUUUGGUCAGGCGGUGAAGAAUGACCAAUGUUACGAUGAUAUCCGGGUGUCAAGGGUCACAUGGGACAGCGCCUUCUGUGCAGUCAAUCCCAAAUUUGUUGCCCUAAUUAUUGAAGCUAGUGGGGGCGGAGCGUUCCUGGUUCUUCCUCUUCACAAGACUGGACGCAUUGACAAAUCCUACCCCACAGUGUGUGGUCACACAGGCCCUGUGUUAGACAUUGAUUGGUGUCCCCACAAUGACCAGGUCAUCGCCAGUGGCUCCGAGGACUGCACAGUCAUGGUAUGGCAGAUACCUGAGAAUGGUCUUGUCACUUCCCUGUCUGAGCCAGUAGUGGUCCUGGAGCACCACUCCAAACGGGUUGGCAUCAUCUCAUGGCACCCUACAGCACGCAACGUCCUUCUCAGUGCAGGCUGCGACAACCAGAUUGUCAUCUGGAACGUGGGCACAGGUGAGGCCAUGAUCACUUUGGAGGACAUGCAUCCUGACGUCAUUUACAGCGUCUCCUGGAACCGCAAUGGCAGCCUCAUCUGUACCGCCUGUAAGGACAAGAACAUCCGUGUCAUCGACCCCCGCAAGGAGCAGAUUGUGGCGGAGAAGGAGAAGGCACAUGAGGGAGCUCGACCCAUGAGGGCAAUUUUCUUGGCUGAUGGGAAUGUCUUCACCACAGGUUUCAGUCGUAUGAGUGAGAGACAGCUCGCCCUCUGGAACCCACAAAGCAUGGAUGAGGCCAUUUCUGUUCAUGAGAUGGAUACCAGCAAUGGAGUGCUCCUGCCCUUCUAUGACCCAGAUACCAAUGUGGUUUACCUGUGUGGGAAGGGUGACAGCAGCAUCCGCUACUUUGAGAUCACGGACGAGGCGCCAUAUGUCCACUACCUCAACACUUUCACCACCAAGGAGCCCCAGAGAGGCAUGGGCUACAUGCCAAAGAGGGGCCUUGACGUCAACAAGUGUGAAAUAGCUAGAUUCUAUAAGCUGCAUGAAAGGAAGUGCGAGCCUAUCAUCAUGACUGUACCUAGAAAGUCGGACCUGUUCCAGGACGACUUGUACCCAGACACGGCAGGACCGGACCCUGCCCUGGAAGCCGAAGAGUGGUUUGAGGGCAAGAACGGGGACCCCAUCCUCAUCUCCCUCAAACAUGGCUAUGUCCCAGGCAAGAAUCGUGACCUCAAGGUUGUUAAGAAGAACAUUCUGGACAACAAGCUGACCAAGAACACAGAGAACACAGGCCCCGCUAACAAGUCUGCCUCUCCCACUCCAUCCAUUAAAAGUGAAGCCAAGCUGGAAGAGAUCUUGAAAGAGAUCAAAUCUCUCAAGGAUCUGGUCAGCAGUCAGGAGAAGCGAAUCAUCAAACUUGAAGAGCAGAUGUCCAAAAUUGCCAUUUAAAGGACCCUUUCCCAAACCCACUACAAUUCAGGACGUUCCAUUGGCUGGGAGGUAGGCGGGACCAGUCACUGCCAAUCUCAAUGACAGCGUUCCUCCUGAGGCCUGCCUCACAACGAUCCCUAGCAACAUUCCAGAUGAACUUUUUUCUUAUCCAGCCCCUAACCCCCCGUUAAGACAGAUGGAAGAAGGACGCGUGGCAUAGUUUUGCAGAAAAUAUUCUUGCUUUCUGUUGAAAGAUAAAUCUACUCUUAUUAAUUUGUGGCAGUAAUUUUUAUUAUGUGAUUAUUGUAUUAAAAAAAAGUCUUACAUAUUCCUUCUCAUUUUAGAAAUAUGACCAAGAAAAUCCCAAUGUGAACAACGUCUAUUUACUAUGGUAUACCCAAAUGUUUUUUCUAAGUAGGUAUCAGUAUUUCAGUAGCUCCAUACCCCUCUUAUACUGUUGCCAAAUUCAAAUGAAUUCUGUUUACACCUGAUUGACAGUAUUUUUUUUUCUUCGUUUUUUUCUUCGUUUUUUUUUUUUUUUUUGGGGGGGGGAGUUUCAAAAUGCAAAUGGUGAGGCUGAAUGCAGUAGACCUGCAAUGGGGGGGAGGUCACCCAUUUUAUCAAUUACUGUAAAAAACAAUUAACAAAAAAAAAGAUAUUGACUGACAAUUCAAAACCAAUUUAAGGAGAAAAUUGCUCCAGAGUUAUUCAGUUUGGCUGCAACAGUCUUUGACACUGAGGACUCUCAGACAUAAAUGAUAGAUAAUUCUCACUGUCUGUGUUGUAAAUUCAUGCCUCCUUUCUGGCAUGUCCCCUACCUUCCCCCUUCCAACAGUUGAUGUAAACAUGCAGACCUUUUGUACUGGUGAAAUAAUAUGCAUUGUCCAUUUAGGAGUAAAAGACACCAAUUUGCCGUUGUUUUACCAUUGUUUGUGUGAAAAAGGACACUUUGUAAAAUUCCUCUCUACAUUCUGAAAUCGCUCUAGUUCAUGGUGCUGACUCUGGUCCAGUGGUGAGGUGUAAUUGUGACAUUUAUGGGGUUUUAUGGAUAUAAUUUGUGUAUGUUCUGCCUUUGGGAAGACCAUUGACAUUGUGGAAUUUCAGCCUUUCCCCAGAAAAGCCCUGCAAGCUGUGCUUUGUUUUUUUUUAGAAGAGGUUCACUCACUAACCUCAAUGAUGAGUAUGUAUAGACUUGCUCAUGUUUUAAGAUUCAAGUGUAGUCAAGUACAGAUGGAUUCUCCAAAUUUUCAGUCCAUUAUGUGCCAUCGCCAUCUCAGAUUCAAACAUUAACGGUCUUGCUUGAAAAAAUCAACAGUUAAGUGAUCCCACCAUGACUUCACUUUUUAACUGCUGGUUGAUAAAGCUGCCACUCAUUUCAGAAACUAUUCUAAAGUUUUACGGCUUGAAGUAUACGCAGAUACAUGCCACAUAUGUCCUGAGCCUACUGGGUAAUGUUGUAUGGGUGUACCUUUCUUUUUUUUUCUCGUGGUUCGUCUUCACAGGCAGGAAACAUGAGGGAGGGGUUGGUUAUGAAAUGGACUCACAGCAGAAUGUGACUGAGGUUUCCCCGUAUCUCUGAUGAAUUGAAUAGUUGGGUCACUGGUUCACUGUUAAUUUUGGUCUGUUUCUUGUCCCAGCUAUGCUCUUUGCAUUUCCCUCCACUUAUCCCCCUUAGCACUUCCACUUAUUGUUUUUUUUUGUUUUUUUUUUGUUUUGCUUUUUUUUUUGGGAAAGGAUAUUCCUCCAAAUGUCCCAAGUUUAUAAAGUCGGAUAACAAGAAAAAUAUGGGCCCAUUUAGACUGUCCCCGUUUCUUAUAAUGGAUUUGCCAAGUGCGAUAAAAGCUCUGUUGUCUUGAUAUUUUAGUUCAUUUUUCAGACAGAAGGUGAGACAGGUAGUCGUUCGGUCUGUUAUUUGCCUUUAAAAAGUUUGUUACCACUGCAAAGACCUGAAAGUGCCAUAGAGGAGACUGUGGGAGUGUUGAUUAGAGGGACUGUGUGAAUAGUUUUGACUUAGAGUUGCUUAGAAGUGACAUUGGAUAGGCGCACACGUUUAACUACACUUUGAGAUGCUGAACAAAUGAAGUACUUGACGCUUACACUCUGAUCAGGGGAACAAAUUCAGAGCAUGUCAGCCCCCCUGGAUGUUGUCCAGUCUUCCCAAUCCAUCCCACAGCGCAACGCGCACAGAGCAGCAUUUCGUCUUGAGGUUUGUUGCGUAGCAUUCACAAAUGAAAUCGGAUGCCAGUUUAUACGAAUGCGCCUAACAACUGAACGCUUUCCACCACGGUACGGGUAUUUAAAAAAAAAUUAAAAAUAAAAAAAAAAGUAAAACUGGGAAGCUGUCAGCUGCAUGCGUAGCCCAUUGACUCGUUGGUAGUUUUUGAGAUACAAUUCUGAAUUUGAGCACCACUUGUUAGCAUAGACCACUAGCAAGAGAAACCUCUGAGAUGCAGAGUGCUGUGGAAACGUGGGUCUCACAGAAGACCUGUUGUCUGCGACUAUACUGCCCUAUCUCGUACAUCAAACUGCCACUAUGGCUUUGUAGCACUCUAGGCACAGGAGUCGUGACGUGAGGAUUAUUAGCUGGUAGCUGUUCAAAGGGACACCGUAGGUUGGAAAAAUGCAGUUGAAAGGUAGAUGUAUGUUUUGUAAUAAAGGCCUAGAAAAUAACUGAAAGUUUUGUAAAUAACAUGACCUUUUUCUUUUCUUUUUUUUUGUUCCUUUGUACUUUUCUUUUUCUUUUAAUGUUCGGUGGUUGUGCUGAAGAGGGUAUUUGUCUGGGAGUUGGGUUAUGGUGGGUGUUAAAUGUUUCCCCUUGUUUGUGUUCCAUCAAAUGCCAUCAAAUGCAUCGUGAGAAAAACAGAACCUCCAUUUCAUCACAGGUGUUAUCAAUAUUUGAAACAAAGAAAGUAAUCGCAGAAGAAAAACAAGACCGGGAUUAAGCCUUGUGUGGAGGUCUGCUCAGCGUUUCUGUUCAUUAUCCCUGCUUCAAAUAUCAAACGUUGAAUAUAAGAAAAAAAAUUAAUAAAGAGAUUUUAAAAA